CGAUUGACAACAACACAACAAAACUUUCACUUUUCCAUACAGAGAAAGAACAAAAAAAAAAUCCUCUGAAAUCAAACCUAGGUCCUCGGUCUCAUUAGAACACAAAUCAAUUUUUCCUAUCGAUCCAUCUUCAUCACCAUGUGGAUAAGAAGCGUCUCCUCUCAUCUCAAAAUCCUAGCCGCCGGUGUCGUCGCUGCUUCUCCUCGUCUCCUCUCAUCUCAAAACACUUUUUUCCCCCUUUUCUUUUCUUCUAGGUUUUGAUAACAGAGAGAGAGAGAGAGUCACUAUAAAGAUUUUUGUUUCCUGGGUUUUGUCUGGGAGGAAUCAAUCAGCGAACCUACGGUACUCUCUCUGUCUCUCUCUCUCUCUCUCUGGCUCUUUUGUGUGUUGUUGCUGCUGGGUGUAAACUUUUUCUCAAAAUCGAAGCUUUAUCGGGAAUUGAUUGACAACUAAACCCUAACAAUUGGUUUAGUACUUUUGUUUAGAAUAGAGGAAAUGAAGAAAGAGUUUGUACUUUUGAUGCAAUAGUCUUUCUUUAAUUCUUGUAUGUUCUUUCUAGUAAGUCGUUCAAUGAUGAUCUAAAGCCGUUCUUUAGCCAUUUUCAUUAAUGUUAUUUGUAAUCAAUGAUUUCCAUUUUUAGCUUCCUCUGUAAUCCUGAUUUGACUAUAGUCUAUAAAAUGGUUCUGAGAUCGAUCUUCACCAAGGAACCUCUCAAUUGAUGGAUCUUCUUCAAGGUUAGAAAUUAUUUGAUUCUCGAUUAUGAAUUUGUCUGCUUCUUCAGUCGGAAAGAUUGUAGGAUUUUAUUGACUCUUAGCUUUGUUGUUUUUUUUCCCAAAUUUAGGAGCUUUGGUGUGUACUGUCAUCUUUCCUAAAUUUUGUGUGUACUUGUAUACAUAUGCUAUACAUAUUUUCUCAACCUUUUUUCUUAUAGAGUUAUACUCAUAUUUCUUGUGUUUUUCAAAAGGAGGAGAAGGAGAUUGAAAUGGAAGAUGCAGAUAAAGAAGAAGAGUGUGUGAGCGAUAUUGACCUCUGUGAUGGGAAGAAUCCUUUAGCCGUGGUUGAAUAUGUCAAUGAUAUGCAUACUUUCUACAGGAAAUCUGAGGACGAGCCCAUCUGAGUUUAUUGGUCCGUUUGAUCAGUAUAUGGAGUACUCCAUCUGCAUGAGAUUUGAAGGCGAAGAGGCUCCUAAGCAGAGGUAACAGAAGAAAUUAUUUCAGUAAAACCCUCAUGCAGAGAUUGUGGAAUGGCCAGAAGCUGGUGACAAGCCCAUACAUAUAUCGGCUUUGGUAGUCUCAUAUUUGUUGUAGUGAGGUCAACUCUUGGCAGCUAUAGGACGAGCUGCCAACAACCAGUUCUUCCCUGUUGCAUGGGCUAUUGUGCCAGUAGAGAAUACAGAUAGUUGGAUAUGGUUUAUUCAGCUUCUUAAAACAGACUUGCAACUUGGAGAUGGUGAAGGAUUUAGUCUCAUCUCAGACAAGCAUAAGGGUAUGCUUAUUGCUGUGGAACAAGAGUUGCCCAAAGUCGAACAUCGUAUGUGUGCACGCCACAUAUAUGGGAACCUUAGGAGAGCAUAUCCAGGCAAAGAGCUGCCUAAACACCUUUUUUGGGCUGUUGCUAAAAGUUUCAAUGCCGUAGACUACUACAAAGCCACUGAAGAUCUAAAGAAGUUUGAUCAAGGUGUUUAUGAAGCUUUGAUGUCGAAGAAUCCAGAGAACGGUAGCCGUGCUUUCUUCAGUUGCACUUCAGUGUGUGAAGAUGUCUCGAAUAACUUCUCAGGGUCUUACAACAUUACUAUCAACAAAGCAAGAGAGAUGCCAUUGGUAGCAAUGUUGAAGACCAUAAGGCGACAAUGCUUGAUCCGAAAUGAAAUGAGAAGAAAGAAGGCUGCAAAGCACAAGGGGAAGUACACUCCGAAAGUGGCCAAGACCAUUAAGGAAGAACAGAGAUACUUGAAGUAUUGUCAGGUAAUCCCCUGCGGCAAUGAUCAUUAUGAGGUGGCAGAACAUGUUCAUCAUGGUUUCAGGGUUGAUAUGAAUGCAAAAACAUGUGCAUGUAGAAGGUGGAGUAUGACAGGAAUUCCUUGUCGUCAUGUCUUGCAUGUAAUUGGGAUGAAGAAUAAUCUGAAGCCUGAGGAUUUUGUUAACUUUGACUGGUAUUUGACAUCAAGAUGGGUGGCUCAAUACAAUGAGACAAUGAGGGGAGUUAAUGGUAUGUACUUCUGGAGAAAAUCCGGUGAAACAGAGCUUCAACCACCACCUAGAGAGCCAACUAAAGGGCGGAAAAAGAUACAAAACGAAUCAAGGGCAAAAAUGAAUCUCCAAAGAAAAGGAAAAAGCAAGCAAAGGAUGUAGAAGAUGAGGCUCCACCAAAGAAGAUCAAAAUUACCAUAGCAGGAAUUACUUUGCAUUGUGCUAACUGUAGAAUGGUAGGACAUAACACAAAAAGGUGUCUUAAUGUUGGGGUCCAACGCAAGAAGCCAAGGAAAACAAAAGGUGAAGGUCCAAAUCAAGCAAGUCAAGCAAGUUAACCAAGCCAAUCAAGCCAACCAUCACAUAUUUCACUUGCUGAUUAUGUGUUUUAUAGCUUAUGAUGAUUCAUAUUUUAGGAUCAUGUUGUUUGGAUUGAAUGUUUAGGAUGAUGGUUUUUUGGGAUAUGGUUUAAG